AGAAAUGUUACUAAUUUGUGUUUCGGAUUGGACUAUAUAGUUCACCAUACAUGAAGGUUCAGUCAAUAUAUCUUAAAGUUCAAUACAACCAUAUCCAUUGAGGCAUAUAUAUAAGGCAAGGCAAUCAAAAGCAGAGGAAACAAACAGAGCUGCAUAGUUGGUAGUGAUGGACAGAGGCGAGUACUAUCCCUUAUUUGAAACCAAAAUGGGUAGAGGAAGAGUUGUCUAUAGGCUCUUUGCAAUCUCAUUAUUUGUAGCCAUAUGCUUAAUCUGGCUCCACAGAUUCAAUCACAUCAUAACCACAAACCAUACUCAACAAGAAGAAGAAGAUGGAGGAAUAUGGGUUUGGCUUGGUUUGCUUGCUGCAGAACUAUGGUUUGGCUUCUAUUGGAUUCUCACUCAAGCUUUCAGAUGGAACCAGCUUGUCUUCAGACAUCCCUUCAAGAACAGACUCUCCCAAAGAUAUGAACAUAUGUUGCCAGAAGUGGACAUAUUUGUAUGCACAGCAGAUCCAGAAAUAGAGCCACCAAUGAUGGUAAUAAAUACAGUGUUAUCUGUUAUGGCUUAUGAUUAUCCAACAGAGAAGCUUAGUGUGUAUUUAUCUGAUGAUGGUGGAUCAGAAAUAACAUUCUAUGCUUUGUUAGAGGCUUCUAACUUUGCAAAGAGUUGGAUUCCUUUUUGCAAGAGGUUCAAAAUUGAACCAAGGUCACCUGCUGCAUAUUUUAAUACUAUCAUUGACUCAGCUGACACUAAUCUUGGUCAUGAGUUGGUGGCUAUUAAGAAAUUGUACAAUGAAAUGGAAAGACGAAUUGAGGAUGCAACAAAGUUGAAAAGAGUACCAAAAGAAGCACGUUUAAAGCAUGGAGGAUUUUGUCAAUGGGAUUCAUAUACAUCUAAACGUGACCAUGACACAAUUCUUCAAAUAAUACUUCAUAAUAAGGACCCUAAUAACUCUAAAGAUGUGCAUGGUUUCAUUUUGCCAACUUUGGUGUAUCUAUCACGUGAGAAGAGGCCUCAAUAUCACCACAACUUCAAAGCUGGAGCUAUGAAUUCAUUGUUAAGGGUGUCUUCUAUUAUCAGCAAAGGGAAAGUCAUUCUAAAUGUAGAUUGUGACAUGUACUCAAACAAUUCAGAAUCUAUAAGGGAUGUUCUCUGUUUUUUCAUGGAUGAAAAGAAAGGCCAUCAAAUUGGUUUUGUGCAGUCUCCACAGACCUUUGAGAAUGUCACUAAGAAUGAUAUAUAUGCAAAUACUCUGAUAGCAAUUAAUGAGGUGGAGUUCCAUGGUGCAGAUGGUUGUGGUGGCCCUAUGUACAUAGGAACUGGCUGCUUUCACAAGAGAGAAUCUCUUUGUGGAAUGAAGUUCAGUGGUGAAUAUAAGCAUAAGUGGAAGAGUGAAAAUGACUUAUUCACAGAAGGAAAUUUGCAGGAACUAGAAGAAAAAUCAAAGGGUCUUGCAAGCUGCUCCUAUGAGGAAAAUACACAAUGGGGAAAAGAGAUGGGUUUGAAAUAUGGAUGUCCAGUGGAAGAUGUUAUAACAGGGUUAUCUAUGCAAAUCAAUGGAUGGAAAUCAGCGUACUAUAAUCCACCAAGGAAGGCUUUCUUAGGUAUAGCUCCAACAAGUUUGCUUGAAGUACUAAUUCAACAUAAGAGAUGGUCUGAAGGAGAUUUUCAAAUUUUGCUUUCUAAGUAUAGUCCUGCAUGGCAUGCUUUUGGAAAGAUUCCUUUGGGCCUACAAAUGGGAUAUUGUUCUUAUUGCUUAUGGGCAGCUAACUGUUUAGCAACUUUGUAUUACUCCAUCAUCCCUUCAUUUUACCUCAUUAAAGGCAUCUCCUUGUUUCCGAAGAUGUCAAGUUGUUGGUUCAUACCUUUUGCAUAUGUAAUAAUUGGAGAAACUAUUUAUAGUUUAUUGGAGUUUCUAUAUUGUGGAGGGACAUUUAAAGGUUGGUGGAAUGAGCUAAGGAUAUGGCUGUACAAAAGGACAAGCUCAUACCUAUAUGCAUUAAGUGACACAAUCUUGAAGCUUUUUGGAUUUUCUGAUUCAGCUUUUACAAUCACAGCUAAGGUUUCACAAGAAGAAGUUUCUAAGCGCCAUGAGAAAGAAAUUAUGGAGUUUGGAACAUCCUCACCAUUGUUCACUAUAUUAGCAACACUAGCAUUGUUCAAUUUAUUUUGUUUUCUUAAUGUGUUGAAGGAUGCAAUAUUAAGGGAUGGUGGCUUUGGAGCAUAUGAGAAAUUGGGAUUGCAAGUUAUUUUGUGUGGCUUUUUGGUUCUCAUUAAUUUGCCUCUAUACCAAGGACUUUUCUUAAGGACAGAUAGUGGCAAAUUGCCAAGUUCAGUUGCAUUGAAAUCAUCAACAUUGGCUUUAGCUUUAUUUCUCUCCUACAUCUUUGUAUGACAAAAAUAAGAAUUAUAAUUUGAUUCUCUCUUUCAAUUACGUAUUACUCCCUCCACAAUUCACCUUUCUAUUUAUUGAAUAAUAAUUGAUGUAUUUGGUCUAUCUAAAAAGGUGAAUUGUCUCUUAUAAAAAAGUCUGAAGGGAGUAUUAGUUUUCAUUA